CGAUAUGUAUCGAACACAGAGACUUGUGUUUUCUCAUUGAAGCUCAAAAAGUUCUCGAAACCAAGGAUGUCUGGUUCGCGAUGCAGCCAGUGCUUCACGGUUCCACUACAGUCGUCCCAGAAUAUGUACUUCCACGGCAAGAAGAUAUUUUGCCAAGACUCAAAAACUUUUGCCGGCAUCUUGAGUUAGAGUCCUGACUGGUGCAAUUGUAUCGAAUUUGCUUCCUUUGGUUGUGGAGUUAAGGACAUGGCCGUUGUAGAGGACGAAAGAUGUCGAGAACGUGAAGGGUACGGUGAAGGGGUGGGCAUUCAAGCGACACGACUACGAGGCCACGUCGCUGGAUCUCUUGGUUCGAGAGGACGAGAUGAACGGCAAGGCGGUCGUCUUCCACCAAAAGAGGGAGCUCCUAGGUGUCACUACCACUGCAAUACUCACUGGUAUUUUCCCUCGUAUGUUUAUUUUCUCUGAGUUCGUUUUACGUAGGUGGUGUCACACACGAGUCAAGAGAGGUGAAACCGGAAAUCGUAUGCAUCGUGACCCUGGGUCAAAAGAGGUUGAUGGAGCAAUACGGCACGACGGUCAUCAUGGACGCGACCCACGUACCUCUCGCCUCGUGCUCGCUAAGCAAACAGAACGCGCGCGAGCGUGACGCAUCCAGCCAGGCCGUGCUGUCAAGCGUCGUUUUCUUCGAAGAGAGAACGCCGGCGUCAUCAGUAGUUGGGGUGUAGUACUGUAGGAUUUGGGGUGUAGUCUCAACAUCGCAUCCUAUGGGC